AUGAAAUGGCAUAAUCAUUUCCUGAAAAUGUUAGAUGUAAUCGUUUCCAAUUGCAAUAGAUUUCUAGACAACUUCAUGCAAAUCACAACCGAUGAUGAUGAUUUGCGAUCUUACGCUUUAGCUGCGAUGAAUAAAGUGAUUUCUCUUGGCCUGUGGUGGGAAGUUUGGGCUUCAAGGCAUCUCUUUUGCUGCAGGUUUGAGAGAACAAUCGGCCAGCUCAUGUUGAGUGGUCGCCUUGAGCACGUGGUUGAGGUUGUAACCAAACAAGCCCGACGUGAGAAAUUGAUUAUAGCUCAGGACUCAUUAUCUCAGACAGCAGCUCAGAAUGAGAAAACACGUAAGAGAUUUUGGGAAAUAGAUGCUUUAGAAGAUGAUGAUACAAAGCAUGACGAUAUAAUCAGCAAUAUAGAAGGAUUUUUGAUGUCUGCUUUCACUUCACCUUCACCUUCUUUCUCUACUUCAGUUUUAGCUGACCAAAAUACUGAACAUGGUCAGGCAGAAGAAAUAAAACAAUAUCUAAAUGAUAUCUCGAAGAAUGUAGUAAAAAAAUUGCGUAAUACUGUCAAGACAAAUCUAUUGAGAGAUGGCAAUACAAAAUAG